UCUUUUAAAUCCGUGCCAAUGCGUCCUGCUGUAGCCUAGCGAAGUGCGUUUUUAAAGUUUAUGUGCCUUAAAUGGAACUGCAAAAUUUGCGUCCGCGAAAUUUGCCAAAUCGUAUUCGUUACUUUGGUUCAGUUGGUGACCAUUUUGGCGCCAGGUGCAUCUUGCUUUAGAAUAUUCGCUCCGAGAUAAUGCUUCGCGAGUGGCUCAAUUAUCUGUUGGUCGUGCUCCUGCAAUAUUUCUACACGCCCACCAGGUCUAUUGAUGGGUCAUCCAAAACAAGCCAAUCUCCAUUUGGGUCUGAACCUAGCAUAGCAUACCGCAACAUGUCUGAUAUGCAAGUGUCAGUCCCCGGCAGUACUGCAGUUAGUACUGGUUCGGGCAAUAGGGAAGAAGAAUCUGAAUUAACGGAAGAGACUACACUCUCUGAGGUACGGAAAGACUUGGGACACGCGAAAAUGCACGAAAAGACGGCUACUUUCGAAUCACAAGAAAACACGUCCAUAAAAGAAGAUCACAGAAGUCAGCAGACGGAGGCCUCGAAGAGUGUCAUGCAGCAGGAAACUUGUACCAUAUCGGGAAACACAAAGGACUGGGAAGAAAAACAAUCAACAAGAAGGCCCCAUAGCUUAUACGAGCCACUAGAAUCGAUCAAGCCGUUUGAACCUUUAAAGCCUUUCGAACCUAUCAAACCUUUCGAGCCAGUAAAACCAUUUGAACCGCUACAGCCGUUCGACGCACCAAAAUCGUUUCAGCUUACCAAACAAAUAGAAACGCAAAAAUCUGAAAAUUCGCUUAAGGAUAUUAAUUCUUCUGUGAAUUCUACUGUGCAGGAUAACGUCGGUAGUCUUCCUCUUGGUUACGUUCCCGUCGAGCCUUUAUCUCCACUAAUUCUAUCGGAUUUAGAGCCGAAAUUGGAGAGUGGCAAUUCAUUGCCACCACUAAUAACAUUCACAGAUUUGUCGGUUAACAACUCGGCUGAAAUCAAAGAGGAGAAUAUUAAAAAUACCUUGAGAGAAAUUAUUUCUGAUUUGGACUCGUACGCGGAGAAAGAUAAGGAGGUGAAACGCGAAGGUUUGGAAAAUGGUAGCGCUCCAACGGCUUUAGCUCAGUCGUUUAUGAGAAAGAAACAUCCAGAUAACAGUCAGAAGGAAUCAUGGGUGGCAAGAUUGCCUUCAUGUCUACCAAACACUAUAACAAAACAUCGACCAUUAUCCCUUCCUCCCGAAAACACACUGAGUCGUUAUCAUUUCACAGAGAUGAAUGACGAACUGAUCAGUAAAUACGGAAAUGAAGAUCGCGGUCAGGAUGAAAACGCCCCUCCUUCCAAACCCAUCAAUUUGGAGAAAAUAUUCACUCCCGCCGAUGGGGAACAAAUCCAACCUAGAGCAAACAGAAAAAUGUUUGCGUCAUCGGCAUUCUACGAUAAGGGUUUUCAUCCCACCGUCGAGGACCAGGUUCAAUUGGCGAAGCGAAUAUCGAGUUCAUUGAGCGAUAUCAGCAAUCAGAGCAGCAAAGGCCUGCAGAUGUACGUCAACAGGAAGAAACGAUCCGUCAAAUGGGUACACGAAGGAGAAGGCAAAGCUAACAUCAACGGUUCAGAAACUAACGGCGAUGGCUCCGGCAAACCAAAAGACCCCCUCAAGCUGGUUAUGAACCCCGCUGGACAGGUACAAGACAUCAACACAUUGAGAAAGCAAGGUCACACGUUCGAAACCAUCCUCUCUCCGGAAGUUUGCUUGGAAAUCGUAAAAGAUUUGAAUUCGCCAAAAGGAAAAGGGGCGGAGUUAUUUGCGAAACGACGCAAGCGGUCAGAAAAGUGGGUGGUUGGAGAGACUAACGGAACUCGACCUUCGUCCACGUUACCGGAUGCUAUAGCACCAUCUCCGACGCCAAUUUCAAACCCUUUGCCACCUCUAAAUAAUUUACCGCCGUUGAGUUAUUUACCGGAAACAGCACAAAGGUUGCAGCAUAAGGAAAAACUAGACGAAAUACAGGAAAAAUUCACACGUCCAAGAAUUAAAUUGGUUAAAUCCCCGUGGGACGCGGCCCUAGAGACAGGGUCAGUGGACGCAGCGUUUGAAAUCGAACCAGUUUGGCCGACCAAAGGGAUCAUAGUGGCACCAGCCGUGGAUUCUUACGAAGCUGCCCUUAAGAGCGACAGUCUGGCUUCGUGGACUGGAUCCAAAAAUAAUGGUGAUCAGAAGAUCUACGCCCAUAAUCCGGCAUACAAUAGUCAGAGUAUCAACAGAAUUGUCGAAAAUCUUCAAAAGGGUACCGGCAAUGUGGACGUUUACAAGCCUUCAUUGCCCCAAUCCUGGAACUCGGACCCUGCCAGAAAGCAACAUUAUAGUAGCGUGACACCAUCUGCCAAUAACACUCUUAUGCAACCCGCCUCAUUAGACGCAAGCGACGAACCUACCCUACCCUUCCCCACCAUUCCCGACGAAUCCCGAAUCAUGCAACAGCUAAUACCGACCACUACCGAAGAACUGGGUCAACCACAGGAUAGGCCGAAAUCUCCUUUUCCAAUGAUACCCGAUGUUAAUCUGGAAGACGAGCUUGUCACCCAAGAUAUCGUAAACUUCCAGAGAGAUCAAUGUCUAGAAUCUUCUUUGCGACCCACUUCCCCAUUUCCUAAUAUCCCGGAUAUCACUUUGAACCCGGAAGUAAUUGAGCGCGACAUAGUUGCCCUCAGAACUAGUCCUAUCCCGUUUAAGGUGGAGGAUUCCGAGCCUCCGACUCCGAUACUUAAGCAGACGUUUCCGUUUCCUGAAAUACCGAAUAUAUCGAAAUACUUAGCAGUGGAGCAGGCCUCAACUUUGUUUAAACCGAUAACAUUAAAGAAGGCGGAACCAAAAUCUUCACCUCCACUAAAGCCGGAAUUUGGGUACGCUUUGCCGUAUCCGGAAGUUACGUAUUCGGAACACACCUUUAAUAAUUCUAGAAUGAUACAAUCGGAAAUGUUCGAAAGCGAAGGUCAUUUUAACGCUAGGUCAGCAACGCCUAUAAAAGUGUUCAUUCCCAAUGAGGUAGAAACAAAGAUAGCGGAGGAAGCCGUUGAAUCCAAAGAGUCAGAAAAAACCAAAAUAAUAAUUGAAAAAGUGCAAGUGGAUGCCAAAAACCCCCGAUGCGAAGAGCAAGUGAAGAAAAUCGUAACCCAAACGGACAGAGAGAAGUCUGGUGUCAUGGUGACUCAAAAGCAAUGCUUUAAAGAAUUGGAGAACAUCAAGACGGCCUAUAACAUGGCGGAUAGAUAUGCGUUAAAGGGCGUUGAUAAAGUUGAAUACAUCGACCCGUCUGACGGAUUCGAUAACAUCCUUAGCGAUAUGAAAAGAACACAAGAAGGGGUUCACGAAAACCGACCAACUCCAGCUGAAGAUUUCGCCGCUAACGCUGAAUCAAGUGCUAAUUAUAAUUCGGUGUUGCCUACUAAAGAUAACAGGCAAAGAGGAACAGAAAAUACAGGUUCUAAUUCUACAGACAUUGCUUAUCAGGCCGCAAAUUCAAUUAAAACUAAUAAUGGUAAUUAUAGAAAUAGAGAAACGUCCCUUAUGGAAGUUGCCGAUGAGCCUAAUUCUUCAAGCAAUACAGGGAAUGCUACCAAAUCUGCACAAAAUGACGAAAUGGAGUUAGAUAUAGAGCCCAAGAUCUGCAAGAAACCGCCAGGCGCCAUAAUGGGUGCAAAACCGUUGUUCGGAGAACUCGAUAUUAACGACGAGUUUAAAAAAGCGCUAGUCGGAAGGAAAAAAUCUAUACAACAAAAACGUUCGAAAAAUGUCACACAUAACAAAACUCCUGGGGGUAGUACGUCGGAAGUGAAUCAAGUAGAAUAUCGGGAGGAAGCCACAGACAGUUCCAGCCUAAAAACGGGACUCGUAACCAACGAGAAGGCCCAAAUCGACGUAAUCAGAUUAAACGAAAACGAAGAGAUUGAAAAAAUUUUCUAUCAGCGGGACAGAGAGUACGACAUCGACUUCCAAAUAAUCCAGGAGGACGUAGGCAAUGAGCAGGGUCCGGAAGACUACGUGAAACUUCCUGUCAGACACCUGAUAAAGAAUUUCGAGCAGACGAUAAUGCCCCAAAUGCAUUACAAGCAAAUCCGCGAUCCGUUGCCUGACGUAGUCGAGAAAAUCGCUCCGAAGCACGCCAGCCAAAAUGCAAUUCAAAAACAAUUAAGAGAUCAAAAUUUGGCAGAGGCGGAGGAAGCUUUCAACAAUUUGUAUUACGUUGCGAGCUCGACGGUUCAAAAUAAUCACCGAUCGCCAGACUCGACGAAAGCGUACGCUUUGCAACAGUCCGAAAACAGCUCUUUUUGUAAAUACUCUUCCUUGGAAUCCUACCAUCAGUCCCAAGCUUAUUCCUCAUCCAGCUUUCGACCGAUAGAUGUGGCUGAUAGCAAUGCUAACGGGCAACAUGCGCAAGGUUCCUCCACGCUUCCAAGACCCCAACAAAAACCGGCCUUAUCGCCCUCCUACAAACCAAACACCUCUCCGUCUGUUUUCGUUCCUAAGGAAAGUACCAGCCCUUUGCCCAACCCUUAUUAUCCUGCUUACAAUGCGACUCCUGCUUACAACUAUCAACCACCAUCUCACACUUAUGACGAUUCUUUCCUGGCUACUCCUUUACCGCCGACUACCAAGAAAAUCAGUUUCGACGACCUGCAGAAUUACAACACCGCUCCGAGGGGUUGGGGUGACGUGAAGGACGUCUACAGACCACUGACAUUCGAUAAACCGAAAUCGCCUUAUUCGGAUUUCUAAAACCAUUUUUAAAUUUUUCAACACCUGGUUUUAGAAAUCAUCGUGGAACCAUUUCGACCAAUCGUCCGUUUGAUGAUUGCGAAUCCGAGACGGUUGCAUUGCAAGAUUUGUUUGUUGUUUUAUUUAUAUGUUUAUUCUGUAUAUAGCAAGACCAUCUACUAAUCAGUUUUAAGCACUUAGCAAUGAGACGUUGUUUAGAAUGCGUGAUUUGUAGUUCAGCUAAUUCACACCGUUUGUUUUGAAUAUUUUUAACUACACGUCUAGCGAAUAUAUUCGUCGCACUUUUUUUUGAUAGUACCUGUUAUGUCCACUCUUUAAAAUAAAGCUCUAUAGCCAUCCUGACGUUUCAUUAUUAAUUAGUAUUAAUUAUAAUACAUUUUAAUUAAGCGUUGUAGAAUACAUUGGAAAGUGCGAAGAGCUACGGAAAUAGUGUAUUAUGCAAAAAGUGCGGUAAACGGCAUCUGACUCACGAGUUUAUUUGACCCGAGCGGAGCGAGUGUUUAAUAAACGAGUGGCGUACAAUGUUUACCGAAUCUGUUGCAUACUACGAAAAAAUCACAAUUUAACAAAUUUUAAAUAAUAACAGAUUAUGAUUACUAAAUUUCGUACUAUUCAAACAGAAAGAUGUAAUAUUGAAUAUGUCAUAAAAACAACGGAAUAA